CAAAAGGGAUUGGGGUUUUAGAUCCUUGGGAAAUCCCUUUUCUUAAUACCCUUAUUCCCCCUUCAUCCGGAGCUGUCUUCUUCGAGGCCCUUCCGGCUUCCUCCUUGCCGUCUUUCUUCUGGAGUGAGAGUGAGUUUAAUAGACAGUGCCCAAACUAAUUCCACCAACACAUGAAUAUGUAACAAGCAAUGCUGUCGGCCCAGUGAGGAUGUCAUUUACUCAAAUCUGGCUAAGCAAACGUCUCAUUCGGUUUAUUUGUUUUUUCCAAAGCCGUUCUCUUUUAUCAAUCAAGAAAUAACAUGUGAAUGUUGUAAAUUGAUGAACUACGAAAUCAACUUUUCCAUUGAUUCAGCACCAAAGUGGGCCAAAGCAGCAUGCACUAACACCUCAUUACUUAGGAAACCAUAUCAUUAACUUGGGUCCAUUCAUCAAAAGAAUAGUAUAUUUAAAGCCAACAACAAAUUCAACUCCAUCAUAUUCAUGGGGCACAAUCUCUGUUGUUCACCUCUUCGGUCCACUGCUUAGCUGAAUCACUGGACACCAUUCUUCAUGACCAUGCUCUGAGAGUCAUGAGUCAGCAGCGACAGCGCUCGGACAAGCUCUACGAUGCUAGGCUCCCUAAUUAUCUAACCGGGAUGAAGGUUUCCGUGGUAGAGCUGAGGAGCACAAGUCUAUGGAGAAAAGGAGCCAAUUUCAGCAGCUUCCUCAUCCCACCCAACACUCUUCCCAUGCCUUAUGUGAAGAGACUCCUCAUAGUUUACCACAAUCUUGGCAACUGCUCUUCUUCAUACUACAGCUUAUCCGGUUACACACUCUUGACCCCGGUUGUUGGCUUUCUGGUUUAUGAUGCCUCCAGCAAAAACUUGUCGAAUGUGGAGCUCAACACCAAUGGGAAGACUAUAUCUGUUUCCUUCAACAGUAACUCAUCGGGCAACGAGGGUGCGAAAUGUGCUGCAUUUGGGCCUCUCAGGGACGUCUUCCUAAGUGAUCUGACAGCAACACUCAAGGCCAUUUCUCUAUAGUAACUCCAAGCAAUAAAAGACACAAGACUUUGGUGUUUUGGAUACUCGGGUUUGUGGCAGGAUUCACGGGGCUGAUCUUAGGCACAGUGGUAGUUUGUAUGAGAAGUGAAGAAAUGGAAAGAGAUGCAGAUGAAGCCAUGAAGGAGAGUUUUUGAAGACUUACUGGAUCGCUAGCAGCAAAAUGCCAAGAGCUCAAGUUACAAGAACUCAGCCUGUUCUUGAGACUAAAAUCCACCCAAAUCCAAAACUGUCUUUGUAUGCUUAAUUACACUCUUUCUUUUUCAUUACAAUAGCCUUCAAGGAUCUCUCUCUUCUUGUAAACAACAUUGGGAUUUUUAUUACAUAGUCGACUGGUUAUUUGCA